AUGACACGCUGGGUUCCUACAAAGAAAGAAAAGUACGGCGUAGCAAUCUACAAUUAUGAUCCCAAUGGUGAGCUGGAGCUGUGUUUACAGGUUGGGGACACAGUGCAUAUCCUCGAGAAAUUGGAAGGCUGGUAUCGAGGAUACACACUGCGAGAGAAAUCACAUAAGGGAAUUUUUCCAUCUUCUUACAUUCACUUAAAGGAGGCAUCAGUUGAGGGAAUUGGCCAGCAGGAAAUAAUUAUUCCAGCAGAUUUACCACUGGUGCAGGAGCUUGGGGCUACUCUCAGGGAAUGGGCGCAGAUAUGGCACAAGCUCUUUGUGGCAAACAAAGUCUCCCUGUUCCGGAGUGUUCAGCAGAUGGCCUACAGUCUUAUAGAAUAUCGAUCACAGAUAGUGUCAGGAACACUACCCAAGGAUGACCUUGUAGAGCUAAAAAAGAAAGUCACUGCCAAGAUAGACUACGGAAACCGAAUUUUGGGCUUGGAUCUGGUCGUGCGAGAUGAAGCUGGAAACACACUGGAUCCUGACUGCACAAGCACAGUCAGUCUGUUCCGGGCUCACGAGACUGCAUCCCGUUGUGUUGAUGACAGGAUACAAGAGGAGAAGACACGAUUACAAAAUCAUGAAAUGAGGCGCCAAGCUUUGUUUAGUACUGUUCACACCUAUAGUCUCCUCAUGAACCUGAAAAACUUUGUCUGCAACAUUGGAGAAGAUGCUGAGCUACUCAUGUCUCUUUAUGACCCAGAUCAGUCAGAAUUUAUCAGUGAGAACUUCUUGGUGCGGUGGGACAGCAUGGGGAUGCCUAAAGAAAUUGAAAAACUCAACAACCUUCCAGCACUCUUCACGGAGCUAAGCAGAAGUGACCUAAUGAGGCAGCGUCUCUUCCUGGUGUGUCAGAUCAUCAGAGUAGGAAGCAUGGAGUUAAAAGAGGGAAAGAAACAAACAGGCGGGCUAAGGAGACCCUUUGGUGUGGCUGUGAUGGACAUAACGGAUAUCGCUCAUGGCAAAACUGACGAUGAGGACAAACAGCAUUUCAUCCCUUUUCAGCAGAUAGCAAUGGAGACCUACAUUCGUCAGAGGCAACUCAUCAUGUCUCCCCUCAUCCCAUCUCGAGUCAUAGGAGAGAAUGAGCCACUCACUGCUGUUUUCAACAAAGUCAUUGCCACGAGGGAGGUCAAUCAUAAAGGCCAGGGGUUGUUUGUGACCCUGAAGCUACUCCCAGGGGAUCUUGCACAGGUCAGGAAAGACUACCCUCACUUUGUGGACCGUAGCACAGCCAUCGUCAGAAAAAUGGGCUUUCCAGAAAUCAUCCUCCCAGGUAACGUCAGGAAUGAUAUUUAUGUAACCUUGCUGCAGGGAGAGUUUGAUCGUGGUAAAAAGAAGACACCCAAGAAUGUGGAGGUCAUAUUGAGUGUGCAUGAUGAUGAAGGCAAUGCGAUGGAGAAGGCAAUAUUUCCUGGGGCUGGUUACGAUGGCAUUACAGAGUACAAGUCUGUUAUUUACUACCAAGUUAAGCAACCUUGUUGGAAUGAAACAGUGAAGGUGACAAUUCCCAUUGAAGAUGUGUGCCGCUGUCACCUGAGGGUGAUGUUUCGACAUAGAUCCUCCCAGGACUCUAGGGACAAAUCGGAAAAACCCUUUGGUAUGGCUUUCGUCCGCCUAAUGAGAGGAGAUGGGACAACACUCAGGGAUGGAAGGCAUGAACCUAUCGUCUAUAAGGUUGAUGUGAAAAGGCCAGACGAUGCAAAAGUUUAUCUGACCUUGCCGGGGACUUGGGCUGAAGUGGAGGAGAAGGAGAAACAAACGGGGAAGCAGUUCCAUCAUUCAGGCCCUGUCACUAAGGACAGCUUUCAGAUUGCCACACUUACCUGCUCCACUAAGCUCACACAGAAUGUUGAUCUACUCGGACUGUUGAACUGGAGGUCUAACCCAGACGAUCUUGAUCAGAUCUUGCAGAGGCUGAUGGAGGUGGAAGGGGGGGAGAUAGUCAAAUUUCUUCAGGACACACUUGAUGCACUGUUCAACAUCAUGAUGGAGACUUCAGAAAAGGACACCUAUGACACACUGGUGUUUGAUGCCUUGGUUUUUAUCAUCACGCUUAUUGGUGACAUCAAAUUCCAGCACUUUAAUCCAGUCCUUGAAACCUACAUUAACAAACACUUCAGUGCCACUUUAGCCUACAUGAAGCUUACCAGAGUGCUCAAUCACUAUGUGGGCCACGCGGAGGAGCCAGCCCUGACUGAGAAGCUCUAUGCGGGACUGAAGGCUCUCAAGUAUUUGUUCCGGUUUAUUGUUCAGUCUCGGAUUCUCUAUUUAAGGUUUUAUGGAAACAGUGAAGAUGGGGAUGCUUUCUUCAACUCAAUUCGCUCUCUAUUUCUGUCGUUCAACACGCUCAUGGACAGACCACUUGACGAGGGAGUCAAAAUAAAGGGGGCGAUAUUGAAAUACCUCCCCAGCAUCAUUAAUGACAUCCAGUCUGUGUUUGAUCCUGUGGAGUUAAGCAUUCUGCUUGCAAAGUUUAUUGAAAGCAUUCCUGACUCUCAGCUUGUGCGUCAGAAGCUUGGUUGCAUGUGCAAAAUGGUGGAGAGUGACCUUUUCAUGCAGCCAGAUUGUCGAGAUGUGCUUCUGCCACUUGUCAAUGACCAGCUGAGUGGGCAGCUGGAUGAUCACUCCAGUAAACCUGACUACGAAGCCUGUGUCCAAGUGCUUAGCACAGUGUUGGACAUCCUAGAUCGCAAGGAUGUGGGUCCAACCAGGGAUCAUGUUCAACUGGUUAUGGAACGUCUACUUCGUAGGGUUAAUCGCACGGUCAUUGGCAUGGACAGAGGUUCCCCUCUCAUUGGCCACUAUUUGUCCUGCAUGACAGCUAUCCUAAAACAGAUGGAUGACAUGCAUUACGCCCACUAUAUUGGCACCUUCAAGACAAGACAGGAUAUCACCGACUUCCUCAUGGAGACGUUCAUCAUGUUCAAGGACCUAAUGGGGAAGGUCUUCCCUUCCGACUGGAUGGUUAUGAACCUAGUGCAGAUGCAAGUGUUCCUGAGGGCCAUCAAUCAGUAUUCUGAUGUACUCAACAUGUAUUUUUUAGACCAGGCACAUUUUGAACUGCAGCUGUGGAAUAGCUACUUCCAUUUGACUGUGGCAUUCCUCACCCAUAAGAUACUGCAGCUUGAAUCCUUCUCUCAAGAGAAACGCAACAAGAUAUUAAACAAAUAUGGUGAUAUGAGGAUGGCAGUUGGCUUUAAGAUCAGAGACAUGUGGUACAAUCUUGGCCCCCAUAAAAUGAAGUUCAUCCCAGCCAUGGUCGGACCUAUUUUGGAGGUCACACUAGUGCCUGAGCCUGAUCUGAGGAAGGCCACGAUUCCCAUCUUCUUCGAUAUGAUGCAGUGUGAGCACAAUUUCAGCCCUGGGCGCACAUUCGAAACGUUUGAAAAUGAACUAAUAACAAAACUGGAUCAAGAAGUUGAAGGAGGUCGAGGAGAUGAGCAGUACAAAGUCCUGCUGGAGAAAACGUUACUGGAACACUGCAGACGCCACAGAUACCUGUCGCAGUCAGGUGAAGAAUUGGCGCUUCUGCUGAGCAGCCUGCUGGAGAAUCUCCUGGCAUACCGCACCAUCACACAUGAUGAAAGUCCUGAGCAUCGCAUGAGCUGCACGGUCAAUGUGCUGAAUUUUUACAAGGAAAAAAAGAGGGAAGACAUUUAUAUUCGGUACUUGUACAAGCUGCGCGACUUACACCUGGACUGUGAAAAUUACACAGAGGCCUCCUACACUCUGCUGCUACAUGCUGAAUUACUUGAGUGGUCUGACAAAACCUGUGCAUCUCAUUUAAUUCCGCGAGAUGGAAAGCAUGUGUGGACACAACAGGAGUUGAAGGAAAGACUCUUCCAGGAGAUCAUAUGUUAUUUGGACAAGGGCAAGAUGUGGGAGAAGGCCAUCGAGCUCGGGAAAGAGUUAGCCAAGAUGCACGAGAGCCACAUGUUUGACUUCAUGGAACUAAGCCAGCUGCUGAAAAAACAAGCUGAGUUCUAUGAAAAAAUAAUGCACGCCAUGCGACCACAGCCAGAGUACUUUGCUGUUGGGUAUUAUGGGCUUGGAUUCCCUUCUUUCCUCAGGAACAAGAUUUUCAUCUACAGAGGCAAAGAAUAUGAGUGGCUGGAAGACUUCAGUGUAAAGCUGCUCUCUCAGUUUCCAAACGCUGUCCGCAUGACCAGCACAGCGCCCCCUGGAGAUGACAUCAGCAACUCUCCUGGGCAGUACAUCCAGUGUUUUACGGUCAAGCCAGUGCUCAUUGUGCCACAUCAGUUUAAAGACAAGGGUGUUCCAGAGCAGAUAUUAAAUUAUUACCGAACCAAUGAAGUGGACCAAUUCCAGUAUUCCAGGCCCUUCAGAAAAGGUGAAAAGGACCCAGACAAUGAGUUUGCAACUAUGUGGAUUGAGAGAACCACUUAUGUUACUGCCUACAGCUUCCCUGGGAUUCUGAAAUGGUUUGAAGUUAAAUCUGUCUCUGUGGAGGAGAUCAGUCCAUUGGAGAAUGCCAUAGAGACCAUGGAGAUGGCAAAUGAAAAGCUGAGUAACCUAGUGCAGCAGCAAGCCUGUGAUCGCUCAUUGUCUAUCAACCCACUGUCCAUGAUGCUCAGCGGCAUUGUUGAUCCUGCUGUCAUGGGUGGCUUCUCCAACUAUGAGAAGGCCUUCUUUACUGACACCUACAUCCAUGAACACCCAGAAGACCAUGAGCGUAUUGAGGUCCUUAAACACCUCAUUGCCCUGCAGAUCCCUGUCUUGGCAGAUGGCAUUCGUAUCCACGGGGAGAAGACAACAGAGCAGCUGAAGCCCUUACACAACCGCCUGGUUACUUGCUUUCAGGACCUUCGGGAGAAAGUGGAGAAGCAUUACGGCGUCAUAACCUUGCCCUGCUCUCUCACAGAGAGAAAGAAGAGUCGCGUGGGCUCGGUGGUGAUGCCCUACAUCCUGUCCUCCACGCUGCGUCGCAUGUCCACCGUCUCAACCCUCUCCAAUGCAUCCUCAGCACUCUCCAGCGGCUCAGCGUCCUCUGAUGGACCCUCGGGCAUUUCCUCCCAAGAUUCCUUGUUGUCCCGCCCCAGCGAUCGUAGGACCUCAGUGUUGUCCCGCUCAGAGGAAGACAACAGGAUAGCCAGAAAGAACAGGAAGGAGUGGAGUGUGAGCAAGUCUCAGGUCCUGCUGGAGAGACAGUCGGACGUGGAUGAGAGUACUACAGAGAGGCAGCAGCGGCCAAAGAGUUUACAACUGAGCGACAGAAGACUGACGCUCUCCUUGUUCCAGGGUGUUUCAUCCCAGCUCAGCCUGUCCAACCCUCUCAGUCCUCUACCUGCCUCUCCUCACACGCCUCACACGCCUCGCAGCUCAAGCUUUUCAUCACUUCUCAGUGACAACGAUGCCAAUGCCAUCGACACCCCAGGGACGCCCCCGCCAAUGCCUCCUAAGAAACACCCGCAUGAGAUUGACAUCGCUACGUUCUCUUCAGAGUUCAUUCCCCCGCUGCCAAUGAAAAUUGAUAGCAAACCUCCACCACCGCCUCCCAAAACCCGGAAGUCCAUGUUUCCCUCAUAUGAGCACAGCCCCCAGUAG